UUCUACAUUUGACAGCAGUUUCAUCGAUUCCAUACGAAGUGAGAGCCCAAAACAAAAACAAAACGUAGUGGACCCAUAAGUAAUUGAAUUUUUGAGACACAUCAUCAAUGCCAGUAUAAAAUAUAUGUUUUGUUUUGGUAAAUAACAGCGAUGGAUUAUAAUAUCAGUAGAUUAUGUCGCAUUUGUUUGGAGGAAGGUGUGUUUACAUCGAUAUUUAACACGGAUUUGGUUGCGAUGGCACCGGCAGAUAUGUUGGUAAUGUGUGCCAAUAUCAAGGUAUCAAAGAAUGAUGGUCUGCCUACCACUAUUUGCAACAAUUGCAUGUACCGGCUGGGAGUUGCAUUUCACCUGAAACAACAAUGCGAAAAUUCCGAUAUGAGAUUGAGGCAAUACAUUGGAUUGAUGACCGGAGUCUAUUCCAAUUCAAUGGAUAAAGAAACGAUGACUGACGAUUCCUGGUUAACAUUGGACAAAAAGGGCGAAGAAAGUGAACGUAAAAUAAAUAAAAAAAAAUCUAGUGGACGGAGCAGAUACAAACCAAAACCACCGGAAGACCGGAAGAAAAGAGGCCCGAAACCAGUGCCUAAAAUUCCUCAAACUUGUUAUCAGUGUCAUAAAACAUUCAAAUGUGCUGCUCAGCUUCAGAUGCAUUUAAGGACUCAUAGUGGAGAGAAACCUUUUUCAUGCAAUUAUUGUUCCAGAAGGUUUGCUCAAAAGCACAAUCUGUCAAUUCAUAUUAGGACACAUACAGGAGAGCGACCUUAUCAAUGUGAAAUCUGCAGUAGACAGUUUUCGGCACUAGGUAAUUUUCAAGCACAUAAGAAAAUUCAUGCCAACCAACGUGACCACAUGUGUCCGUCGUGCAAUAAAGCUUUCAUCACUUCCGGAGACCUUGCCCGACACAUGGUGUCCCACUCUGGCAUCAAAAACUAUCACUGUGAUAUUUGUGCGAAAAGCUUUGGCCGUAACCGGGACAUGGUCGUGCACAAGAAGAAAGUUCAUUUGAACGAUCGGGCCAGCGAAAACUACAAAUGUAUCGAAUGCCAUAAAGUUUUUGCUACGGUGGACAGCUUGAAUAUCCACAUGCGCAUCCACAAUCCCAUGCCAUCGGUACCGAUCAUGCCUCCACCACCCCCACAGCCACAACCGCACAUACAGCAACCGAUUGCCAUUGCACCACAUCACAGUCUAGGGCCGACUCCGCUGGGCGUAGGUCUUGGAAUGCUGCCCCACACUCAUACCCAAAGUACUUACCAUACUCAGAUGCACCCCGCUCAACGAUUGCAUCCUUAUUAAAUGUCACAUCCAACAAAUUUGUAAUUCCUUAGGAUAUCGUUUUUUUCGGAUCGAAAAAUAAACACACAAGCGUUCUAUGAUUUCAUAACA